CAUCUCACCGCGCGAGCGUCACGUCGCGGGCCCUAACACAAAACACUCCUGCGUCUUCAGCCAUCGUCUAUGACUCCAUAUCUAAACACGUAUUGAUUCCACUCAUUCACGAACUACCACGAUCAACAUGGCGCGAGGCGCUCGUGGCAGGUCAAACCGAGCCAACCAAUGGGCAACCGGCAGCACGGCUUCUCACAGGCGACCGCAAGCACCGCAAAACAAGAAUGCGUGUGCAAGUCUUGAGACAUUGGAGCGUGAAGAUGAAAAAUUGAACGCGAACUUUACAGAACCGUUUCGUAGCAUGCCGGCCAGCACUUGUGAACCCAAUUACAUCCCCCACGAUGACAUCCCUAGAUCUGGACCGCCCAGAUCAAAUAACGAUAUACGGGAGUACUUCGAGCUAGCUAAACUGCAUGUCGCUGGUGGGACAUGGCUAGAAAAGCCCGAGAUUCCUAGCCCCUCAGAGAUUCUACGUCCGCAACCUGAUAUCAAGAACGGCAAAGAGGCACUCAUCGAGGUUGACGAGACCCUUCGACCACACAAACCAGAAGGUGCAUACAAGGAUGAAGAAGAAUAUCUUGGAACCAAGUACGAGAUCCUACGAGAGGACGCAGUCCGAUCACUCCGCGAAAUCAUCAACGAGAUUCGCACAGAGCCUUUCAAGGAUGAGACGGAAUACAGCGACCAGAGUAUUGGGAUCUACGACCCCGUCUACAUCACAUCACUCGUCUUUUCUCCGCGAGGACUCGCAACGCGUGUUGCUUUCUCACUCAGCCGAGUCAAGAAGCACGUUCGAUGGGAGCAAUCAAAGAGGCUGAUAACUGGUACCCUUGUUGCCUUGUCGCCUACCGACGAUGCCUUUCAGACCCAAUGCGUUCUCGCCAUAGUUGCAGCCCGUCCUAUCUCUGCCCUAGAGCAAAACCCGCCUGAGAUCGACCUCUUCUUCGCGCGUCCCGAAGACCAACAGAUAGAUCCUAUGCGCAAGUGGAUUAUGGUAGAGUGCCGGAGCAGCUUCUUCGAAGCGAGCAGACAUACUCUACUUGCCCUCCAGCAUCUCAUGAGAGAGCCAUUCCCACUGUCGAAGUAUCUGGUCCAAGUCCAGCAGGAGGUUGAGCCUCCACGUUACAUCAAGCACAACCCUUUCGUCAAUCUUAGCUCUCUCGUAAGCAUGGAGGAGAGCGCAGCAUAUGAGAACGUCAACGUAUUGGAAGAUUGGCCUACCAUGUCUUCGCACACUCUGGACAAUUCUCAGAGCAAGGCUUUGAAGCGGAUGUUGACAAGCGAGCUGGCCAUUGUACAAGGCCCCCCAGGAACGGGAAAGACUUUUGUGUCUGUUGUGGCACUGCAGAUAGCCCGCGACAACCUGCGAAGGGAUGAUUCCCCUAUCAUCGUCACUGCACAGACAAACCACGCUCUCGACCAGUUGCUCCGACAUACGUCACAGUUCGAGCCCAAUUACAUCCGUCUGGGAGGCAGAAGUAAGGACAAGGAGAUCAAGAAGCGAACCCUCUUCGAAGUCCGCCAGGAUUUACCCCAGCAAAAACAGCCAGGCAGCCAGAAGGUACAAGCCACUAUCGCACUGAGGAAGCUGACCGGUCAGUGUCAGCUGUUACUGGCGCCGCUGGAAGCUAACAAAGGACCGCUCGAUCAUAAAAUCUUGCAAAGUCUGGGGUUGAUUACCAAGGAGCAGGCCGAAUCACUCGAAAUGGAUUCACAGUGCACUAUGGGGGGCUCACCGACCGAUGUUCCAGGAAUCUUGAUGGAGCAAUGGCUGGGAAGGUAUCUCAAACCGUGUGAUCGACCAAUUGGGCCAGAGCAGUUCGACUGGGGAUACGAAGAAGAAGACUUCGAAGUCGAACAAUUGAAAGAACUUGAGGCGGAAGCCGUGGCUCAGGACGACGAUGAUAUCGAAGCGCUGCGUGGACCAGUGAUACUCCUACGGGACAACUACAAAGGUGCUGGAGAGUCGUUGACCACUGCCGGUAUCUUGAACAUCUUGCGGAAAACGGACGACUUGACGAUGAUUCCAGUUGAUAAGCGCGGUAGCAUCUACAACUACUUCAAACGGGAGGCCAAGAGACUGAUCAAUAUCGAAAUUCGCAAGAUCGCCAGAGGUUAUCAAGAAGCAGUCUUCCAACGUAAGGUAGGUAUGUGGGAGGAAGACGUACGUGUUCUCAGCAAAGCACGCAUCAUCGGUUGCACUACGACGGGUCUAGCAAAGUACCGCGCUCUACUUUGCGCUCUUCGGCCACGCAUCUGUAUCGUCGAGGAAGCAGCCGAGACACUGGAGGCACCUGUUACUGCAGCUUGUUUUCCCAGCAUGGAACACCUCAUCUUGGUCGGUGAUCAUCAACAGCUGCGACCUCACACCCAAGUGCGCGCAUUCGAAGACGAACCCUACUUCUUGAACCUGUCGUUGUUCGAGCGCCUAGUCUGGAACAACGUCGCUUUCGAGACACUUACCCGACAACGACGUAUGAUACCAGAGAUCCGACGUCUCUUGUACCCCAUCUACCAGGAUACCCUCAAGGAUCACAAGAGCGUUAAAGGUCCCGACAAUCGUCCCCCCGUCGAGGGCAUGGGCGGCAACAAUAGCUUCUUCUUCUGCCAUGAGUGGCAAGAGUCCCGAGAUGCCAACAUGUCGGCAGUGAACUCAAUAGAGGCAAAGAUGAUCGUGCAGUUCUUCGACUACUUAGUUCUCAAUGGUGUAGAUGCUACCAAGAUUACGAUAUUGACCUUCUACAACGGCCAACGCAAGGAGAUCCUCCGUGGUAUCAGGGCGCACCCGAAUCUGCGCAUGUACCCCGGCAUCCAGGUUGUCACCGUGGAUAGUUACCAGGGCGAAGAGAACGACAUCGUCCUGCUUUCCUUGGUGAGAUCAAACCACAAGCACUCCAUUGGCUUCCUGAGCUCUGAGAAUCGCGCCUGUGUUGCCCUUUCUCGAGCAAAGCGUGGCUUCUACAUCUUCGGCAACGCAGAGCUUCUAGCUUGCGAGAGUGGUACAUGGGCUUCUGUGGUUGACAUCAUGUUCAAGAACAAGAAGUCGAAAGUGACUACAGGUCAAGAGCGACGCGUGGGCUAUCAGUUUCCGCUCGAAUGCCGGACCCAUGGACGCAAGAUAUGGUGCGAAGUGCCCGAAGACUUCGAACUCAUCAAAGGCGGCUGCGACAUCAAGUGCGAAGGCUCGUUGCCGUGCGGUCAUCGCUGCCCGUAUCCAUGUCACCCUUUCGCACACGACAUGAUCAAUUGCACACAGAAGUGCUCCAAGCGUGUCGAGGCCUGUGGUCAUCCUUGCGUCGCGGAAUGCUGCGAUCCUUGCAAGUGCCACAUGUGUGAGCGUCGCAGUGGAGGCGUCAAGUCAACGCUGAAACCAGCAAACGGGGCGACGUCGUUUCGUGGAGCCCGGCCAAACACGCGAAGCUUAAUGCUCGAAGACACGCUGCCUGCAACCUCUAGACGUGCUGUGCGCUCCGAUACACCCACUGCGCGCAUGACGACUCCGGGAUUUUCAGACUGCAGUACCGAGCAGUGGGAUAAAUACGCUAAUGGCGGUGGUGUCCAGGAAGAUGACGCGCGAGCCUUUGCAAAGAUGAAAGCAGAGGAGGCCGAAUAUCACGCUCGUAGGGUAUUGACACCUCAGACUGGCAUUUCCGCUUCGGACGGCAGGCUUAUUGAGAUGUCGCCAGUGAAAGCAGGACAUGUGUCCAAGAACACAAACCUGCUCCUGGAACUCGAUAUUGAGCCAGAGCCCAACCACCAGACGAGCCGAGCGCAUGUGAGUGCUGCAACUGUCUGUUUCGAUCUUCUGGAUUGAACGCCUCACGGUAAAGUAGCCGCGACGAGUACUUUUAAAAAUCUUUAGCUAACUUUUGUUAGUAUGUAUCCUCCUAGGUACCACAGGUAGGUGGAGAGAUAUUAGACGUUGUGGCAACAUCU